GAUUGGAGCUCUAUUCUAAAAGACGAGAGGAUGAGCUCAUCCUCAACCAAUGGGAGACCACCGUGGACAGCCACGGCGGUACAAGUUGCAGCCUACACCUGAUUCCUCGGGUCGCUGCAGCUUUUACUCGGUCCGAGAUGGAUAGGGGCGUGGAAGGUCCCGUCUGUCUCACCUCCGUUCUUACUAGCCUCUCGGGGCCGUCAGCUCUGCAAGGUAUUGGCGAGACUCGUGGAUCUCCGUGAGGGCCACGUCCCACCCUGCGCCUUCUGGGACCACCUGUCUCCUUGCCGGUCCAGUCGCUCCGUCACGGGUUUGCAUCAUCUCCGGGAUGAAUCCAGUAACUGCAGCGCGAUUUCAUUGGAUGUGGAUGGUAACAAUCUGUUGAGAAUGGCUAAUUCUUAAGGAGAGUAUCCUUAAGAUAUUUUUUGGGAAAUGGAUUCAGAGUCCUGUAACCGAGCUUUCUCCCAGGCCCGUGUAUAUCUUGAACAAAUUCGAAGCCGGGUUGCACCAGGGAGUAUUGACAUACAUGGUCCUGGGAAGCGCGACUACCUGGUGGAUGCAGCUAAGCAGAUCCGCCUGGCUCUUGAACGGGAUGUAAGUGAAGACUAUGAAGAAGCAUUCAACCACUACAAGAAUGGUGUGGAUGUGCUGCUCAAUGGGGUGCAAGUGGAUCCCAACAAGGAGCGCCGUGAAGCCGUGAAGAGGAAGAUCACCCAAUAUCUAAAACGGGCAGAGGAGAUCUUCAAUUGCCAUCUACAACGUAAUUUGGGGAAUGGCAAUUCCACUGAAACGGGUUAUAGCAGUCUUCGCUUCCGUCCGAUAAGGACACUCAGCACACCAGUGGAGAAUCUCAAGCACUGUAAAGUAGUGGGAAUAAUUGAUAAGGUGCAAAUAGUGCAGGAUCCAGCUACUGGGGACACCUUUAUAUUGAAGAGUAUUCCCAAAUCCUAUGUGGAGACCCGGGAAAGACAGACUAUCAUCCCACAUGGAAUCCCCUUUAUGACAGAAUUGCUGCGCUAUUCUGUAAGUAAGGAUUCCAUCUUCCUCCACUUGGAACAUGUGAAAGGAGGAAAUCUCUGGUCAUAUCUUCGCUCCCAUCAUGGUUCUGCCUCUGUCCGUUCUCCCUCGCUGAGUCCAAAGCUCACUUUGGAUUUUGGGUAUAUCAGGGAAGAGAAGCACAUAGAAAACCUUCAUGAAACUGGUUCUGACUCUCAGCAGAGCUGCAAGAUCUAUCCUGAAAACAAUAACGGCCCAAUUCCUGUACCUGUAAAUUGUCCCCUGUUGAAAAAAAUGGACUGCUUGAUGUCUAUGAAACAUUCAUCCAGCCCUCUUUCUUCUAGAACCUCAAGUGACCACAGGUGGCAUAUUGAAAAGGCAGGUGGACCAUGGAGGGAGAAUCUAAGCACAACCCACCCCUUUCCUGGUGCUACAGAACCUACAAGCAAAACAGUACCUCAAGAACAUAGUCAGCCACCCAGUCAGAGACAGACUUUCAGAUCCUGUGAUUCAUUUAUGACCAUUGAUGGCAUUGGGAAUGUAUCUGGGAAAGAGAUUCCUCAGCCAGAACCAAAGAUACAAACAGGUGAAAGGUUUAGCUAUACUGCCCCAGAGGGAACAAGAGGAUACAACAAAUCAAAGGGAGAAACGCCGUGGCAAAACCAGUUGUAUCCUGGAACUCUUGAAGAGGACCACAGAGAGAAGAUAGAAGCAAGAGAAGAAGACCCUUUUAUGCAGAGGGCACCAAUUCUUGAUCAUAAACAUUUCAAAACCCAAUCAACAAUAGGAUGGCAUGGAUCUUCAGUGGAACCAGUUGCCCAAAGCCAUACCCCUGUCAGUUGGGUCAUAAAUGAGGAGCAGAUCCAAGUUUGGGCAGCUGAAUUGAUUUUAGCUCUGGAAGGUCUCCACCAACAGGGAAUCUUGUGCCAGGAUCUCAACCCACGAAAUUUGCUUUUAGAUGAAACUGGUCACCUCCGUCUCACGUUUUUUGGCCAGUGGAGUGAGGUUGAGCCGCAGUGCAGCAGUCAAGCGGUAGAUGAUUUGUAUUGUGCCCCAGAAGUGGGUGGAAUUUCUGAACUGACAGAAGCCUGUGAUUGGUGGAGUUUUGGAGCGCUGCUUUAUGAAUUAUUGAAUGGAGUGACUUUAUCGCUGAAUCAUCCCUCAGGGAUUCAUCCAUACACCCAGAUCUAUCUUCCAGAAAAGCUCAGCCAGUCUGCUUCAUCACUACUCUCAGAGCUGCUGCAGUAUGAUCCGAAGCAACGUUUGGGCUCUGGUGCAAAUGGUGCAAGCAAGAUUAAGUCACACAUUUUUUUCAAUUCGAUUCAAUGGAAUAAGAUGGUUGCAAACUAAGUUCUAAAUGCAAGGGAUGGUGGAAGAAGUAUGCUUGAUGGAACACCAAAUUGAGUAGUUUGUCUGUCGAAUUGUGCUCCAAAUGAUCCACAUCCAUUGAAAAGCACUUAUUCCUAUAAGAUGAAUGAAUCUGAGACACCAGCACUGCUGUCGCCUAGGGAAGAAUCCACAGAAUUGGGCUGGGAUCUGCAUGCUCAAAAGAAGUCAAAAGGACACUUCUGUUCUUUUUCUUCUUCCUAAUUGUGUGCCACAGCAGCUUCAUAAAAAUCCUAGGCACCUCAAGUUUCCUAUAAGGUAGUGAUGACCAAUUUGGAGCCCUAAAGAUGUCCAAUGUAACCCAAAUAGAAAUUGAAGUCAAGCAUCCUACCCUUGAAGUAAGUUCUGGCACUUCAAAGCCCAAAUCUGAUGUGCCUUCACAAUAGUAUAAGUAGGGAUCUCCUUGUUUUAUCCUACUUGAUAGAUUUUUUUCCCCAAACCAAAUAUGAGGAGAUAACCUUAUGUUGUAUUUUAUCAUUUCUGUAUCUCGUGUUUAGUUCAACUUUCAGAGGAUUAUCUAAUUUUUUCAUGCAUAUAUUUGCCCUAUAAAAUGUUCAUAUUUUUCCACCCCAUUUUUUAUUUGGUGUUACAACUUUUGCAGGUUAGUGGUGCAUUUUUGUAAAUGUACCACAAGGGGGACAUUUUCAGUAAGUUUUAUGUGCUUGUAUUUCCCCUUCAAAAAAAAAAUGACUUAUUUGUAGAUCUGACACAACCUUUUACCUAGCAAGGAAGUGAGGAAAAGACUCUUCUUUGGACUUCUGUGGAUUAUCCAAUGUCUUGUCUCUGACUAUUGUAACAUCAAUAAAACAACUGGAGCACAAGGACUUGUGUGAAUUUUUAGAAAUGUUGCCACCUGCCACAAAUAAGGUUUUCAAGCAAGGCCUAGGUUGGGCCGAAACCAGAAAAGCCACACUGAUACUACAGUUCCAGCAGGACUCUGUCCAAGGAAUGGCCAGCUUUGGCACAUGCAUGAAAGUGGUCAUGCUGACCGGACAUGUUACAGAGCAUACACAAAUGCUGAAUGGACAAGAUUUGAAUCAAGGGAAAAAUCUUCUCCCUCAAACAGAAAACAGAAAGAGGUUCUGGUUAAUCUUAGAAAAUACUUGCAAUAUGAUUGAUUCACUUAAUACUAAAAUAAUUUAGAGUACAGCACAUGCUAAAUUGUGCCUAGAGAGUGUGGCACAUUAUUUUUCUAAUGACAUUUUUCUUCACGCACAUAUUUAGUUCUUUAAUAUCUCUAAAUAAGACUAAUAGGGAUUUGUUGGACCAGUAGCUGAGGGUUAGCACACAUAAGUUAAGCACAUUACAGUUUACUUGUUCAUGUUAAAGCAGAACACACUAAUUAAGCCAUAUUUAAAUUCCCUGGGGAAAAGCCAAGUCUCAAGCCCAAUAAGUCAACACAACUGUAUUCAGUUAUUUUACUUUUGUGAAAUUUCAGCAGCUCAAGAUUUCUCCUUUAAUUAGCUCAUCUGGUUCAACUUUAGAGCCAAGUGCAGCAACAAUUCUCAAGAGCUGCCUGUGGAACAUUGAAUUUUCCUUCUAUGAAAGGCUGGAAAGACUUUUCUAAUCAGCAAAGUGAAAAUCAGAAACUACACUCAUGCAUAAUUUCUUUGUUUUAUUUUGUUUUAAAAUCUGUUGUUAAAUAUUUUAGUUACAAGUUCUGUGCAGUGGGCAAGAGUAUUGAACCCUGCAGGCACUAGCAACCCUCUUACUCAACAAUACAUGUGCACACUAUUGUACUAAGGAUAUGUCCCCAUGAACCAGCAGUCUUAUGCCAGGAUAUAUGCCAGAGACAAUUGAGUCCCAACUCACAAUACCACACAAUCAGGCCAAACCACUGUAGACAAAUAGCUGAAGAAGUCAGUCAAGGAGAAUUGGAUGGAAUUUAGGACAGUUGUGGAGAUUACCCAGUUUGAGCUGGUCCCAAUUGUAAGAAGGGACACCAAUUCUGCCUUAUUCAUCUUUUCCCAAUCUGAGUUAUACUAUGAUCCUCCUGUUCUUAAAAACCUGGGGCAGAGAAAAAUUCUUGAAAGUCAUCCAUAAAUUGCCUGAUGCCAAUAAAGGCUAUAAAGUAGGUUGUUGGGUUACAGUCUUA